AAGGCAUAUCAAGAGCAUCAAAUGACUCAAAAUACUUUAUUUAAAAGAAGGCAUUCAUCUUUUCUUUUUCAUUUGUGAGAUCUGAAGAAGCCCCCUGUGUGACUAUCCUGUUCAGUUGAAAACACUGUGUUGAAAGCAAGCUCUCCAUGUGGCUGAAGAGUGCAGGGGACCGCAAAAGGACAGCUUCACCCCAGUGUCCGGACCAAUCUGCAGUCCCUGAAUUUAGCCUCAUUCUUGCUCCACAUCAGCUGAAGCAGAGGCUUCUGGAAAACGGUGCUGCCUUUUAGGAAGAAGGUGAAAAUUUUUCUUGGCCUCUUUCCUUGCUUGAUGAAAGGGAGAAGAAAUUGCUUGGGCUGUUAAAAAAAUGUUUCUGUCUCUUCUAUUCUUCUACAUGAUUGUCCCAUUUUUGUCCUGCUAUUCUGUCUGGCCAACAAACAAGAAAAAUGUCCACCAGUGAGCGUUUUGACUGCCAUUACUGCAAAGAGUCUCUGCUGGGGAAGAAGUGCAUCAUGAAAGAAGACACACAGUACUGCACAAAGUGUUAUGAAAACCUGUUUGCCAACUGUUGUGAGAGCUGCUCUUCACCAAUUGGCUCCAAUUGCAAGGACCUGUCCUAUAAAGAUCGCCACUGGCAUGAGCAGUGCUUUAAGUGUGCAGAGUGCAGUCGUUCGCUGGCUGAAAAGGCCUUUGCAGCCAAAGACAACUUAAUGCUCUGCACUGAAUGCUAUGCGCACGAUUACUCCUCCAAGUGCAACACCUGCAAGAAAACCAUCAUGCCAGGUUCCAGAAAAAUGGAAUACAAGGGGAACAGCUGGCAUGAGACCUGCUUCCUGUGCCACCGCUGCCAGCAGCCAAUAGGAACCAAGUCCUUCAUCCCCAAAGACACCGGCUACUUCUGUGUUCCCUGUUUUGAAAAGCAGUUUGCAAACCAGUGCUGUGCCUGUAAAAAGGCUAUCACGACAGGAGGCGUGACCUACCAAGACAAACCUUGGCAUCGCGAGUGUUUCCUCUGCAUCGGCUGCAGAAAGCAGCUCUCGGGCCAGCGUUUCACCUCCAGGGAAAAUUACCCCUAUUGUCUCGACUGCUUCAGCAACUUGUUUGCAAAGAAAUGUGUGGGCUGCACCAAACCCAUUUCUAGCUUGGCAGGUGCAAAAUAUAUUUCCUUUGAGGAGCGCCAGUGGCACAGUGAGUGUUUCACCUGCACGCUGUGCUCUAUGUCCCUGGUGGGACGUGGAUUCCUCACCCAGCGGGACGACAUUCUGUGCACCGACUGCGGGAGAGAAAAGUGAUCUUUCUUUUACGAAAGGAAAACAACUUCUUACAAAUCACUGCAAAAACUGAUAUUCUGAUGUGGUGGAUCUUUUUAGAUUUACACUUCCUGAUACGCACAAUGAUCAGUCAUAACACCAUGACCAGUACCAAGAAAAGUGAUUAAAACUUCUCGCCUUGUCGCAUUUAUCCUAUUAUGUAAAAUAAUUGUCUGCUGGAAAAGAGUUGGUUAGGCAUUACAACCUACAUAAGCAUUCCUACAGAUCUAUACCCCAACAGAUCUAGUUCAGCGGGAAAAGCUUAAAGAAGAGUAAAUUAAAUAGUUUGAAGUGACAGCUGAGCCUCCAAACUCUCAAGAAGCACUACUGUUAGCAUUACUCCUACCAGAUGUUCUUUCUUUGUUCUCAACUAAUUAGUCAGAGCUAGUUUGAAGGAAAAAGUGUAAUAAUCAAAUUAGUCUUGUGGUCAUAAUGUUUUGGCUAAUUUGUGCACACAGGUUUUAAGCCUUUUUAGUGUUAGUUUCAUCACCUCAGCUGUUUAUGUCAUAUUUUAAGUUGCGGUGACUUUCAAGUGUAAAAAUCAUAUUUUCCACACACAUUUAUUCUCUUUGUCACCAAUAUCAUGUUGCUUUUUAACUAAUAGCUCAUUUCAUUGUUUAAGAAAGUAUAAAAUCUUCUCGAUGUUGAGUGUAAUUGUUAGCAACAGCCCUGCAUGCAUUUUGCACAAUAUUAGACGUGUUUUCUUUAUCACAACUUCUGGUUAAAUGUAGCGAGGGGGGAAUUGACCGGGAGAUCCGAAGGCCCAUUCCUCUUAGCUGACAUGUCUCCAUAUACUAAUAACCCCUGUAAAGAAUUAGCUAAGACGUCAACACGUUGCAACCGCUACAUAGCGUGUUGCGUCGUCGUUUGGCGCAAAACGUGCCAAAAGCUGUAAACAAAAGAUCGACACCACGGAGACGGCAGCAAUAGUAGCCAUUUCCUAUUUCCUAAUGAGCUGACAUCAUUUCCGACUGAGUUACAACCAAUCAGUUCAAUUCAGUUCAAAGAUACUUUAUUAAUCCCAGAGGGAAAUUAGAAGCGGUCCCACCAACCAACUGCACCGGGCUGUUUACCGGUGUCGGUACAGGAUCUGCUCGGGGUCCUUCGACUGCCGAUGACGUCACAUUACUGCAAAUCACACAUACGUUUUGGAAAGACAUCAGCAGUUUUGUUAAUAAAUUCUUGUUUGUUAACACCUAAAUGUUUUCUUUCUAAUUGUAAUUUGUUAAUAAAACUCCAUAUUAUCUUUAUUUGUAAAGAAUGUGAAACUGCAUAAAACCAACAUCGGACUGACAAAAAAUAGAACAGUUCUUAUAUGUGAAGCCACAUCUGUUUGUAUUAACGUGGAGUUCAUCUGUAUAUUUCCUUAGUUGUUAUCUAAAUACAUUCUUUGACUCAAAAUAUUGCUUGGUGUCUUUCAAUAAUCAUAUAUAUUUUAUUUUGCCCCAUUUCAUCAACAUCAAGAGCUUUUGAGGGUCACCGUUCAUCAUUUGAUUAUAUUUUACAUUUCCUUUAGAAAUUCAAACAUAUUUUCUCCAAAAAGUGUUGAUUUUUGGACUACAGGACUACAACCGCUAAGACUACGACCGCAAAUUUGUUCUGAGCAAUCAAAAUAAUAACGUGAUAACGUAACUUCCGUAAGCUUCAUGUUCAGCCAAUCAACUACUUAGACGUCAUCGGCAGUCGAAGGACCCCAAGCCGAUCCUGCACCCGAGCAGAUCCUGUACUGACACCGGGCCUCUCCGAGUACCAAUCUCUGAUCAGGUACUCAGAAGGUUCCUGUAAACAGCCCGGGAAAUGGCCGGUCCGGUCAGGUGGAAUCACACGCAUGUUGAGAGGUUCCUGUAUAUCUACCCUGAAGUUCUGACAGUGGAAACAUGCCUAUUGUUGUGUUGUUGUUGUUUUUUUCACUCUGAAAAAAAAAUCCAUGCAUGAAUUUUGUUUUAUACAAGAAUUGUAGCAUCAAUAAAGUAUCUUAUAGUCCCGG